AGCUCCAUUGAUGGACUAACUGAACUGCGAGGGGGAAAGUAAACUUUGACACUGGAUUAACUUGUGGAAUAUUACUUCUAAAAUCAGUUAAUUUCUUUAAUAACUCAACUGCAUUUUUUACGGUUUCUAACGGUUUUUGACGUGGGAAAAGUGGUCUUUACGCACACUUUGCGCCAUGGCAAACUCUUGUCUUCAACUGAGUGGAUUUCUCAUCACUUGCAUCGGCUGGCUGGGCAUCGUGAUCGCAACAGCCACCAAUGACUGGGUGAUUAUGUGUAAAUACGGGUUGAACACAUGCAAGAAGAUGGAUGAGCUGGAAGCCAAAGGACCCUGGGCAGACUGUGUCAUCUCCACUGGACUCUACCACUGCAUCGCCCUGACGCAGAUCCUGGACCUGCCAGCCUACAUCCAGACGGCUCGUGCCCUGAUGAUCACUGGUUCGAUCCUGGGUCUCCCAGCUCUGGGUAUGAUCCUCAUGUCCAUGCCCUGCAUCAGCCUCGGAAAUGAACCCCAGGCCUCCAAGAACAAACGCAUCAUCCUGGGAGGAGUGCUUGUUCUCAUAGUCGCACUUUGCGGUUUGGUAUCCACAGUCUGGUUCCCCAUCGGCGCUCACCAGCAGCACGGCCUCAUGUCAUUCGGCUUCUCCCUCUACACCGGAUGGGUGGGCUCUAUCUUCUCCCUGCUGGGCGGGUGCAUUCUCACCUGCUGCUCCUCAGAGUCCUCCUCCUCAUCUCGCUCCUACCAGGAAAACAAUCGUUUCUACUACUCCAAACAAGGCGGUGGCAACCCGCCAGCAGCAGCCUCCACCAAUCACGCCAAGAGCGCCCACGUCUGAGAGGGGAGAGAUUUCUGAAGAGGACGCCUAGGGGACUGUAGUUUAUGUAUAGAUACAUUUACACAAGCACAGACAUACAAUCACAGUUACAGGCAUAGAAGAACAUAAACACACCCAUUCACGUUCAAGAAAAAUACACAAGUUUUGAAUGAAGCAUACAUAAAAGAGACAUUCACACAUACACAAAGACUGUUUUUGUUGGAGCUUUGGGGGAUUGUUUUUGCAUCACAGAGGUCACCUCUCCGCGUCCUCGUGUUAGGCGUGGUGAGGACUCUCCCUGCUGUUAAAUAGUUCUACAAGCUCCUGUGUGCACCGAAGCCUGAAGUCCCAAUCACCUAAGACAUUAAGGGCUGAGAUAUUGACCUUCUACAUUUCUUAUAUUUUUCUAUUUAGAUCCUCCUACAGAUGAAAUAUAAUGUGUGUUUCCCUUGUUUGAAAAAUCAUAUAUCAUGGUCUGUUGUUUUGAUAAGAGCAGGGUAUGACAGUAUUACGUUUGUAUUUGAAAAUGUGUUCAGUAACAUCAUAGAUUUUUCUUUGACAGUAUUGUACAGCUCUCUAGUGCCUCGACUGACCGACUUGAUUAAAAAACGCAGCACUGUUUUCCCAGCCUCUGCAGGAUGAAGGCGACAUAAAUAACACAGCAUGUAGCCAGCAAUCUGUGUCGGAGCCUUAAUAUGUGCACUGACUUGGCAAAAAUGACUUAUAAGAGAGUGCAAAACCUUAUCUUGUGUUGACUCCUCACCCAUCUUAGUAGUUUUUUAUAAACCAAUGCUUACAUAUUCUAAUGUGACUAACUUUUUUAUUUGAAUAACAGUGAGUGAAAGACCAAAAAGCAGCUUACCUUUCAACUGUAUAAUUAUAUUUCCAUCAAACAUCAAUACAUAGAACAGGUCUGUCGCUGAAAGAAUGUCUGUGUGCACCAAAACAUAUCAGUAUUAUUUUAGAGGUAUUAGCUUCUCUUGAAGGAAUGUGAUGACUUGAAUGUUUAAUUUCACAAAUGUGCUCUGAACAGUAAUGGAAAACUCAGAUCCAUGCAGAAGCAGUAUUAGUUGGUUAUUUAUUGUUUCAUUGAUGUGCUUUUCUUUGAUUUUCUAUAAUAAAGACAAAGUGAUUAAAA